AUGCAUGGGGGUGGCCCCCCUUCCGGGGACAGCGCAUGCCCGCUGCGCACAAUCAAGAGAGUACAGUUCGGGAUCCUGAGUCCGGAUGAACUGAAGCGGAUGUCUGUGACAGAGGGUGGUAUCAAAUACCCAGAGACAACUGAGGGAGGUCGCCCCAAGCUUGGGGGGCUAAUGGAUCCAAGGCAGGGGGUGAUUGAACGAACUGGCCGCUGCCAAACAUGUGCAGGAAACAUGACAGAGUGUCCUGGCCACUUUGGCCAUAUUGAACUAGCCAAGCCUGUAUUUCAUGUGGGCUUCCUGGUGAAGACAAUGAAGGUUUUGCGCUGUGUCUGUUUCUUCUGCUCCAAACUGCUUGUAGACUCCAACAACCCAAAGAUCAAAGACAUCCUGGCCAAAUCCAAGGGGCAGCCCAAGAAGCGACUCACACAUGUCUACGACCUUUGCAAAGGCAAAAACAUCUGCGAGGGUGGGGAGGAAAUGGACAACAAGUUCGGUGUGGAGCAGCCUGAGGGUGAUGAAGAUCUGACCAAAGAGAAGGGCCAUGGCGGCUGUGGGCGAUACCAGCCUCGGAUCCGGCGCUCGGGCCUGGAGCUGUAUGCUGAGUGGAAGCAUGUUAAUGAGGACUCUCAGGAAAAGAAGAUCCUCCUGAGUCCGGAGCGAGUGCAUGAAAUCUUCAAACGCAUCUCAGAUGAGGAAUGUUUUGUGCUGGGCAUGGAGCCCCGCUAUGCUCGGCCUGAAUGGAUGAUUGUCACAGUGCUGCCAGUGCCCCCCCUCUCUGUGCGGCCUGCUGUGGUGAUGCAGGGCUCUGCCCGAAACCAGGAUGACUUGACACACAAAUUGGCUGACAUUGUGAAGAUCAAUAAUCAGUUGCGGCGGAAUGAGCAGAAUGGUGCAGCAGCUCAUGUUAUUGCAGAGGAUGUGAAGCUUCUCCAAUUCCAUGUGGCCACUAUGGUGGACAAUGAGCUGCCCGGCUUGCCCCGUGCCAUGCAGAAGUCUGGCCGUCCCCUUAAGUCCCUGAAGCAGCGGCUGAAGGGCAAGGAAGGCCGGGUGCGAGGGAACCUGAUGGGCAAACGAGUGGACUUCUCAGCUCGUACUGUAAUCACCCCCGACCCCAACCUGUCCAUUGAUCAGGUUGGCGUGCCCCGCUCCAUUGCCGCCAACAUGACCUUUGCAGAGAUUGUCACCCCUUUCAACAUUGACAGACUUCAGGAACUGGUGCGCAGGGGGAACAGCCAGUACCCGGGGGCCAAGUACAUCAUCCGAGACAAUGGUGAUAGAAUUGACUUGCGUUUCCACCCCAAGCCCAGUGACCUUCACCUUCAGACUGGCUAUAAGGUGGAACGGCAUAUGUGCGAUGGGGACAUUGUUAUCUUCAACCGGCAGCCAACUUUGCACAAAAUGUCCAUGAUGGGGCAUCGAGUCCGCAUCCUCCCAUGGUCUACUUUUCGUUUGAAUCUUAGUGUGACAACUCCAUACAAUGCAGAUUUUGAUGGAGAUGAGAUGAACUUGCACCUGCCACAGUCUCUGGAGACGCGAGCAGAGAUCCAGGAGCUAGCCAUGGUGCCUCGCAUGAUUGUCACCCCCCAGAGCAAUCGACCUGUCAUGGGCAUUGUGCAGGACACGCUCACAGCUGUGCGAAAAUUCACUAAGAGGGAUGUCUUCUUGGAACGGGGUGAAGUGAUGAACUUGCUAAUGUUUCUAUCCACGUGGGAUGGGAAGGUCCCACAACCAGCCAUCCUCAAGCCCCGGCCCUUAUGGACAGGCAAACAGAUCUUCUCCCUCAUUAUCCCUGGCCACAUCAAUUGUAUACGUACUCACAGUACCCAUCCUGAUGAUGAGGACAGUGGCCCUUAUAAACACAUCUCUCCUGGGGACACCAAGGUGGUGGUAGAGAAUGGGGAGCUGAUCAUGGGCAUCCUAUGUAAGAAGUCUCUGGGUACCUCAGCUGGCUCCCUCGUCCACAUCUCCUACCUAGAGAUGGGUCAUGACAUUACUCGCCUUUUCUAUUCAAACAUCCAGACUGUCAUUAACAAUUGGCUCCUCAUUGAGGGUCAUACCAUUGGCAUUGGGGACUCCAUUGCUGAUUCUAAGACUUACCAGGACAUUCAGAACACUAUUAAAAAGGCCAAACAGGAUGUAAUAGAGGUCAUUGAGAAGGCUCAUAACAAUGAGCUGGAACCCACCCCAGGGAACACACUGCGUCAGACGUUUGAGAAUCAAGUGAAUCGCAUUCUCAAUGAUGCCAGAGACAAGACUGGCUCCUCUGCCCAGAAAUCCCUGUCUGAAUACAACAACUUCAAGUCUAUGGUGGUGUCCGGAGCUAAGGGUUCCAAGAUCAACAUCUCCCAGGUCAUUGCUGUUGUUGGACAGCAGAAUGUGGAGGGCAAGCGGAUCCCAUUUGGAUUUAAGCACCGGACUCUGCCUCACUUCAUCAAGGAUGAUUAUGGGCCUGAGAGCCGUGGCUUUGUGGAGAACUCUUACCUGGCCGGCCUCACACCCACUGAGUUCUUCUUCCAUGCCAUGGGGGGUCGUGAAGGGCUCAUUGACACAGCUGUCAAGACUGCUGAGACUGGGUACAUCCAGCGACGGCUGAUCAAGUCCAUGGAGUCAGUAAUGGUGAAGUAUGAUGCAACUGUGCGAAACUCCAUCAAUCAGGUGGUGCAGCUACGUUACGGCGAGGACGGCCUGGCAGGGGAGAGUGUUGAGUUCCAGAACCUGGCUACGCUUAAGCCUUCUAACAAGGCUUUUGAGAAGAAGUUCCGCUUUGAUUACACCAAUGAGAGGGCCCUUCGGCGCACUCUGCAAGAGGAUCUGGUAAAGGAUGUGCUGAGCAAUGCACAUAUACAGAAUGAACUGGAACGGGAAUUUGAACGGAUGCGUGAGGAUCGGGAGGUGCUCAGGGUCAUCUUCCCAACUGGUGACAGUAAGGUUGUCCUUCCCUGCAACCUUCUACGAAUGAUCUGGAAUGCCCAGAAAAUCUUCCACAUCAACCCUCGCCUUCCCUCUGACCUGCACCCCAUCAAAGUGGUAGAGGGAGUCAAAGAAUUGAGCAAGAAGCUUGUGAUUGUGAAUGGGGAUGACCCACUAAGCCGCCAGGCUCAGGAGAAUGCCACACUGCUCUUCAACAUCCACCUGCGGUCCACGCUGUGCUCCCGCCGAAUGGCUGAGGAGUUUCGGCUCAGUGGGGAGGCCUUUGACUGGCUGCUUGGGGAGAUUGAAUCCAAGUUCAACCAAGCUAUUGCCCAUCCUGGGGAAAUGGUGGGAGCUCUGGCUGCACAGUCCCUUGGGGAACCUGCCACUCAGAUGACCUUGAACACCUUCCACUAUGCUGGUGUGUCUGCCAAGAAUGUGACACUGGGUGUACCCCGACUUAAGGAGCUCAUCAACAUUUCCAAGAAGCCAAAGACCCCAUCACUCACGGUCUUCCUGCUGGGCCAGUCUGCUCGAGAUGCUGAGAGGGCCAAGGACAUUCUGUGCCGCCUGGAGCAUACAACAUUGAGGAAAGUGACUGCCAAUACAGCCAUCUACUAUGACCCCAACCCCCAGAGCACAGUGGUAGCAGAAGAUCAGGAGUGGGUGAAUGUCUACUAUGAAAUGCCUGACUUUGAUGUGGCCCGAAUCUCCCCCUGGCUCUUGCGGGUGGAGCUGGACCGGAAACAUAUGACUGACCGGAAGCUGACCAUGGAACAGAUUGCUGAAAAGAUCAAUGCUGGUUUUGGCGAUGACUUGAAUUGCAUCUUUAAUGAUGAUAAUGCAGAGAAACUAGUCCUCCGUAUCCGCAUUAUGAACAGUGAUGAAAACAAGAUGCAAGAGGAAGAGGAGGUGGUGGACAAGAUGGAUGAUGACGUCUUCCUGCGCUGCAUCGAGUCCAACAUGCUGACAGAUAUGACCCUGCAGGGCAUCGAGCAGAUCAGCAAGGUGUACAUGCACUUGCCACAGACAGACAACAAGAAGAAGAUCAUCAUCACAGAGGAUGGGGAGUUCAAGGCCCUGCAGGAGUGGAUCCUAGAGACAGACGGCGUGAGCUUGAUGCGUGUGCUGAGUGAGAAAGAUGUGGACCCUGUGCGCACCACAUCCAAUGACAUUGUGGAGAUCUUCACGGUGCUGGGCAUUGAGGCUGUGCGGAAGGCUCUGGAGCGGGAGCUGUACCAUGUCAUCUCCUUUGAUGGUUCCUACGUCAAUUACCGGCACUUGGCUCUCUUGUGCGAUACCAUGACCUGUCGCGGCCACUUGAUGGCCAUCACCCGACAUGGGGUCAACCGCCAGGACACUGGACCACUUAUGAAGUGUUCCUUUGAGGAAACGGUGGAUGUGCUUAUGGAAGCAGCUGCCCAUGGGGAGAGCGACCCCAUGAAGGGAGUCUCUGAGAACAUCAUGCUGGGCCAGCUAGCUCCAGCAGGCACUGGCUGUUUUGACCUCUUGUUAGAUGCAGAGAAGUGCAAGUACGGCAUGGAGAUCCCCACCAACAUCCCUGGUUUGGGGGCUGCUGGACCCACUGGCAUGUUCUUCGGCUCAGCGCCCAGCCCCAUGGGAGGAAUCUCUCCUGCCAUGACUCCCUGGAAUCAGGGUGCAACCCCAGCGUAUGGUGCCUGGUCCCCAAGUGUUGGGAGUGGCAUGACCCCAGGGGCAGCUGGCUUCUCUCCCAGUGCAGCUUCAGAUGCCAGCGGCUUCAGCCCAGGUUACUCCCCUGCCUGGUCUCCCACACCAGGCUCUCCAGGCUCACCUGGCCCCUCAAGUCCAUAUAUCCCUUCACCAGGUGGUGCCAUGUCACCCAGCUACUCGCCAACAUCACCUGCCUAUGAGCCCCGCUCCCCUGGGGGUUACACACCCCAGAGUCCCUCAUACUCUCCCACUUCGCCUUCCUACUCUCCAACCUCUCCAUCCUAUUCUCCAACCAGUCCUAACUAUAGCCCCACAUCCCCUAGCUACUCCCCCACCUCUCCCAGCUACUCACCAACAUCUCCUAGUUAUUCUCCAACCUCUCCCAGCUAUUCACCGACCUCUCCCAGCUACUCCCCAACAUCCCCCAGCUACUCCCCGACAUCCCCCAGCUACUCCCCAACCUCUCCCAGCUACUCCCCGACGUCUCCCAGCUACUCCCCAACAUCUCCCAGCUACUCCCCAACUUCACCCAGCUAUUCCCCUACCUCCCCCAGCUAUUCACCAACAUCUCCUAGCUACUCACCUACAUCUCCAAGUUACUCACCAACUUCCCCAAGUUACUCACCCACCAGUCCUAACUACUCUCCAACCAGUCCCAAUUACACCCCAACAUCACCAAGCUACAGCCCAACGUCACCUAGCUAUUCACCUACUAGUCCCAAUUAUACCCCAACUAGCCCUAACUACAGCCCAACCUCUCCAAGCUACUCCCCAACUUCGCCCAGCUACUCACCAACCUCACCAAGCUAUUCUCCCUCAAGCCCACGGUACACACCACAGUCUCCAACCUAUACCCCAAGCUCUCCCAGCUACAGCCCCAGCUCUCCCAGCUACAGCCCAACUUCACCCAAGUACACCCCAACCAGUCCAUCCUACAGCCCUAGCUCACCAGAGUACACCCCAACCUCCCCCAAAUACUCACCUACCAGCCCCAAGUAUUCACCCACUUCUCCCAAGUACUCUCCUACCAGCCCCACCUAUUCACCCACCACCCCUAAAUACUCACCAACAUCUCCUACGUACUCACCAACAUCUCCAGUCUAUACCCCAACCUCACCCAAGUAUUCACCUACUAGCCCCACAUACUCUCCCACUUCCCCCAAGUACUCCCCCACCAGCCCUACCUACUCUCCCACCUCCCCCAAGGGAUCUACCUAUUCCCCCACUUCUCCAGGCUACUCCCCAACCAGCCCCACCUAUAGCCUCACCAGCCCAGCCAUCAGCCCGGAUGACAGUGAUGAGGAAAACUGAGAUUAAGCAGGGCUCAGCAGCUGCCGCCUAGGCCCAAGGGUCCUGAUGCAAUGUAGUCCUCACGCUCCUGGCCCAUGACGGUACCCUUGUACAUAACUGUGAUAGUUCGAGUUGAAGUUCUGGAUUCCGUUUCUGAAGGGGCUUUUCAUUUUUUCUCCACUUGUGCUGUCUCAGAACCCACAGACCUAGCUGUGGUGUUCUUCCUACCUACCUACCCCACGCCUGACCGUACAGUGAAGGUCCUUCCUUGCCUGUGGCUUGAUUGGGUUUCAUGGUAUUCUAACUUCGUAGGGGUAGUUCCUGCUCUGGGUCAUUCAUCUGAUCCUUGGGAAGAACAAAGCUCAAGCUGCCUUUUGUCUGUUAUUUUGUCUUUUUGAAGUUAAAUAAAGUUUACAAAUUUUGACCAAAAA